AGGAACCCAGUGCGGCGAGUCACCGGCGAGGGACGUGCUCGUCGAAGAAACUCCUCCAACCUCAUAAAGUUUCAUCCUUUGAAUCCCAAACUCGCAACCCAAGCUAAGAGACGAGGACGAGCAAGUUAGUUAGCAAUGGAAAGCGAUAAAGAAGAGCAAAUGGUGUUCUUGGAUCGUACAACCCGAGCUACACGGGGUAAACGAAUGACCAAGUUGGUUGAUGAUGAAGUAGAAGAAGAUGAACAGUUUUGGAAUCAAGAAGCUCUUAAAGAGGAAGAGCAUGAUGAUAACUAUGAAGCAGAAGCUGAAGUUGCUGAUGAGUUUGACAGCGACUUCAAUGACGAUGAGCCUGAACCUGAAGCAGUAGCAGAAAACGAAAAAGAAGAGAGGGAUGUGCCAAAGAAGCGGUUGAUUUACCCUGGCAAAACAGCUCCAAAGAAAAACAAGAAGAAGAAGCUAGUUUCUAAGCUCGAAGACACUCCUGAAGAUGAAGAAACGGGAGACAAGGAAGAAGAUGAAAAAGAACCGAAUGAAACACAAGAAGAUAUGGAAAGUGAGAAGGUCAUAAGAAAGUCUACUCGGACUUCAGUGAUUGUGAGACAAGCAGAGAGAGAUGCACUGCGUGCUGCUAUACAAGCCACAACAAAGCCGAUAAUAAGGAAAAAAGUAGGGGAGGAGAAACGAAUGACGCAAGAAGAGAUGCUUCUGGAAGCUGCUCAGACAGAGAUCAUGAACUUGAGGAAUUUAGAACGUGUAUUGGCAAGGGAAGAGGAAGUGAAAAAGAAAGCGAUUGUGCAUAAAGAUGUUUACAAUGGUCCUCAGGUUCGGUUUCUUUCAAAAGAUGGAUGCAACUAUUUAGAAUUUUGUAAUGGUGCAUCAUUCAGUUCAGAGAUUUCUACCAAGUCUGUUCCAUAUCCAGAAAAAGCUGUAUGUGUGAUUACUGGAUUACCUGCCAAGUACCGAGAUCCAAAAACUGGUCUUGCUUAUGCAACUCUAGACGCCUUCAAAGCGAUACGAGAAAGGUUCAUGGACGAACACAAUGGCUUGAGAAAGAAAAUGGAGAUGGGAGAUCUGUUUGAGACACUUACUGCUGCUAACGGCUUUUCUGCAAAACGAAAGAGAACAAUGGUUCCAAAGACAAGCAGAUCAUUUUCUCUUAGAAGCUCUGCUCGUUUCUGUAAUUUGGAGACUCCAGAAGCGAGUGAAGAUUCAGAGUCAGAUUCUGAUUGAUAACGACCUUCCCUGGUUGGUUGGUAUAUAGGAAAAGCUUUUACUUUCAAUCUACAUCAUCAUGAACUAACAGUCAUUUGGACCAUCUCUAGCGGCUGCUGCUGGUGGUCAAAGAUGCUAAGUGAGAUGUUUUGACCCAGAAGUGAGAUGAACAUCAUGUAGCAAGUUUUCAUGAUCAGAGCUUGAACUGGUAACAGCACUCUCCUAGUAAUUGAUCCUCCCUAGCACAACCUUGUAACCUUCACAGAACCAGAUAGAUUGUUACUCUCUUAUAUUUUGAUGACCUUUGCAAAAAUCCAUGUAAUUUUAACAUCGAAUGAUUUU